UAACCGAUUUAACGAAAAUGUCUCAAAAUGCUCAAAUAAUACAGGACACCAUUGUCUUUAAGGGAAGAGAAUCACCUUGUAAGAAGACUGAAAAGGCGUACCGAGUUAAAGUCCGCGUGGUAUCUCCCUCCAGCAGACGGCCGGAACGCGCGCGCCAAAGAUCGCCUCGCAUUCAAGGCGCACGGAACGCGAAAGAUACAGCAAAUAAUAAGUACGGGCAGAACAUCCAUAGCGAAGCCAGUAAUAAAGUGCCAGUUAGUUUAAAAGACAACGGAACCGGAAACACCAAGAGCGGCGCACCCGACAGCUCCAAAGACGUCAAAGACUCUAAAUCUGUGAUGUCAAAGGCGGCUUCAACAACAAAGAACGGCGGGAAGCUUUCUGUAGCGAAGAAGGAAUUAAAAUGCGGGCUGUGUACCGACAAGUUUCACGAGCCCAAACUUCUCUCGUGCCUUCACUCGUUUUGUCAGAACUGUCUAAGGCGAUAUGUGGAAAAGGGGAAAUAUAAGAAAAGCUUUCCUUGCCCCCUUUGUUCCAGGAACAUCGAUAUACCGAAAAACGGCGGAGUCCGGUCCCUCCCGGCAAACAUGUACCUAGUGGCUAGCGAAAGCACGGACAAGGCGCCUCCAUGCGACAUUUGUGAUACGGGCGCCCGUGCCGCGGACCGCUGUCUGGACUGUGAAGAGAACAUGUGUACCAACUGCCUCUCUUAUCAUAACAAGAUGAAGGCUACAAGAGUACACAGGACCGCGCCCAUAAGCGACAACACAAAGUCCAAGGCGAAGAUCCAGCAGAAGCAGUAUUGUGACCAGCAUGAGCAAGAGGAGCUGCGGUUCUACUGCGUUCCCUGUGCCAAGAUUGUGUGCCGCGACUGCAAAACCAUCAACCACACCGUCCAUCAGACGCUUGAGCUCAAUGACGUGGCGGAGGGCCGGAAACGCGAUAUAGGAAAAUCCCUCCGCCAUACUAAAGAGUUUCUGCCAAAAAUCCAAGGGCAUAUUAAGACACUGACUGCGAUGGCCAAAAGUUUGGAAAAGAACACACAGGAAACGACCAAAGAGAUUAAAGGUCAAGCUAAAAAGCUUCAUGAAGAGAUAGAUCGUAUGGCGGCGGAAAUGAUUUCGGAGAUAAAACAGAAGAAUAAAGAAAUGGAGAACACCCUACAGAGGAACAUCCGGUCAGCGGAGGUCGUCUACGCCUCCAUGGAGUCCAUCAUACUGGCUGCUGAAUCAUUUAUGAAUGUUGGUAGCGACCAUGACGUCAUUGAGAAUUCGGUGAAUAUUAAGAAUAGAGUGGAAAACCUGCCGAAAGAGGUUCCCGGCGAAUCAGUUGAUUUUGUAGAAUUCAAAUUCAGACCGGGUCCCAUUCCAUCCACGGAUCUUUGGAUCUGUUUCGGAAAUUGGACCUCCGACGUUGCUGCCAGUGUGGCUAUCUCAAUUCCCCGCCAGAUAGGACCGGCCAUGGCUCUAAUGGUUAGGGAGCUGAGCUCUUUUGCCGUCCUUGGAGGCAAGGCUAUAAUAUCCAUCGCCCCCUCCAAAGACGGGAAUGCGUGGUUGUGUAACAGCUUGUCGGAACAUAUAUUCCUUUACACAAAGAGUGGCCAAUGCAGAACGCACGUCAAGGCUGGUUUUGAAGUCGGUGACAUCUACGUCGCCUCCGAUGAUACCCUUAUGAUGUCAUUUCCGUCGCAGAGGAAAAUACGUCGAAUGACCGGAAACGGACAAAUCACUGAUUUUGCCAACCUGCCAAUGUAUCCUGCAGGCCUUACACAGAUGGAAAGCGGGGAUAUCCUAGUAUGCGCUAUGGAGAAGCUUGGUGAAUCCGUUCGUGGCCCGGAUUCGAAAGGUGCCGUUUUGAGGGUGAACAACUUCGGCCGCGUUGAGAAAUUUGACAAGGAACGUAGAACAAAUUUGUUCACGCGCCCUAUACGAGUCACCGUCAACGCAAACAAGGAUAUUAUCGUCUCCGAAUGGGCGAAAGGAAACGACCACGUGGUUGCGCUCACAGCCGACGGUAAAAUGAAAUGGCAGUACCACGGACCGACGACGGUGGAACUAGCGCACACGUUUGUCCCCAACGCCCUGGCCACUGACAAAUAUUGCCAGAUUCUAAUCGCCGAUUCCCACAACCGCGCCGUGCACCUGGUCGACAAGGAUGGCCACUUCAUCAAGCUUCUACUGACGGAGAAGGACGGACUCGGGGAGCCGUGGUCGGUGGCUGUGGACAGCGAGGGCUUCCUCUGGGUCGGUGACACCGAGGGAAACGUCCGUGUCUACAAAUACAUGUCGUAAACUGCAUACACUCUGAGUUCUAUUUUAAAUAUACAUGUACUACGUAUGGAAUUGAAAAUAGUUUAUUUAUUGUACAUAACUUACGAAGUUCCUUGUUGAAAUUGUCUGACAUUUGGUUUUUGCAACAUGUACAACUAUAAUUAUCGUAGAUAAAAACAUUUCCGUUAAACACAUUUUCGUUCUGUCUUUCGGUUUUAAGUACUUUUUUCUAUUCUACGCUUCACAAUUUAAAGAAUGCGCACCUACAAAUGUUUUACCCGUUUAUUAUUAAAAUUAUUAAAAAAUCGGCAUUUUAACCAUCAUACACCAUAUUUACAUAUAGUUAAAAGAGCAGUGGUGUAGCUAUAAAUAGGCCUUGUAGGCCUGGGCCUACAACCUUUUUUUGAA